AUGUUUAUAAAACCGUGGCAGUUAAAAACAGUUGUCGGCCUUCUUUUUUUGGUGCCAAUUUUUGGACAACAUAUAACGCGAACAUGUGAGCGAAAGUUUUGUUAUGAACGAGAUGUUGGCCUAAAACGGGAAGUAACUGCUGACCAUACCUCAACCAAUAACAAUAGCCAUGAAUUUCUGAAACGUAUCAGCAACGAUGAUAUUGAAAAUCGUAUCGAAAGGCAACGAGAGCGAAUUUCCGAUCGCUUCGAUGAUACAAUGCGACAACCACAGGAGAUGAGAGAAUCUCGUUCCCCUGAUAACCGUAUAAGAACAUCUAGCGCUCAGCAACGAAUUGAAGGAGAACGCCAAGUCAACCGAAGAGACAGUAACAUGGAGAGAUAUCGUGAAGUUCGUUAUCGUCGCGAUGAGAAUAAAUCGGAUUUAAAUAAUCUCAAGGAGGGAAACGAAUUCAGCGAACGCGACGACCGACUUACUGAACGGAAUGAAAAUGAGAGAAAUAAUAAUAACUAUGAAAAUUAUCGCCAAAUUUUCAAUCGUCGUACUGAGAAUGGAUUAAAACGGGAAAAUCGCAAUGGCAAUGAAGAGCGGCGUUUUGAAACACGUCAAAGCGAGAAUAACAAUAGGCGACAAUCAGUAGAGCGAAAGAUACAUAAUCGUAACGAACGUAAUAUGGACACGCGACGAGAGAAUAAAACCGAACGCGACACACGACGAUUUGAUUCCCGAAAAGCUAUUAAUGACAUGGAAUUAAGUCGCAAUGAAAAUCGGCGAGAACGAGAAGACCGAGUUGAAAUUCGUCGAGUAGAUACUGAACGUUCUAACGAAAGUAUGAGGGAAGUUCGUCAGCGACGUGAUGAAAACAAAGAGAACACUUUACGAAUUCAAUCACGACGCUCUAAUAUGGAUGAAUCCAAUCGUAUUCGCGAAGAACGAAACGAAUAUGCUUUAGGAAUUGAAUCACGGCGAAAUAACGACAGGAGAGCUGAGACUCUAGGUACACGUAACGAUGAUCGACGAGAGGAAGACCCUAAUGAAAACAUUUCCGAUCGAAUUCGUGAAGUUCGAGAAAGGCAUUUUGAAAAUAAUCGUAUUCGUGAAGAACGCCUAGGUCGUGAUGAGAAUAACGAUUAUGGUUUACGAUCUGAAUCUCGGCGAACUAGCGACAGGAGACACGAAGCUCUACAGGCUAGACGUGAAGAAUACCGCAAUGAAAAUGCAUCUGAUCGAAUGCGUGAAGUCCGAGGAAGGCGUGAUGGAAAGAAAGACAACAGGCUACGAGUUGAAUCUCAACGAGAUAGCAAUAGACGACGUGAAAUUCGAGACGAACGUAUCGAUAACGCAAGGGACUAUGCACGAUUCGAAUCACGUCGCUCUAUUGUUGAUGAAUCCAAUCGUAUUCGCAAAGAUGGCAGGUUACGAGUUGAAUCUAAGCGAACUGAAGAUAGGCAACGUGAAAUCCGAGAUGAAAGCGAUGGCGAUAGAGAGGAAACACGAGAACACAGGGAAGAAGUCGUACGGCGAUUAGAAUCACAACGAUCUGCCACUGAACAAGUUCGCGAAGUUGAAGACCGUCGUGAGAUACGCAGUGAAGAUGGACAGGAACAACGAGAACGCAGGGAAGAAGUUACACGACGACUUCAAUCACAGCGAUCUGACACUGAACGAAUUCGUGAAGUUGAAGAAAUGGAAAAUAGGCUACAGGAGAGGAAAGACUACGAACCAUUGGAAUCACAACGCUCCCGUUUAGAAGAUUCUAGACGAAUUCGCGAAGUUCGGGAUGAACCAAGGCGAUCUACUGACAAGAGAUUCGAAAUUUUAGAUAAACGUAUUGAUGAUAGAGAAGAACAAGACCGAGAAUAUUCACGGUGGUUCAAUGAAGAUGUAUCCACUCGUAUUAGCGAGGUACGAGAAAGGCGUGACGUAUCACGACGAACCAUUACAACCGAUCGCGAAAUUCGAGAUGCACGUAAAGAUGAUAGACAGCAGGAACGUGGACGCCGAGAAGGUGACUUACGACGACAUCUGUCACAAAGAUCUGGUCCUGAUCAACGACGUGAUGUUGAAGACCGCCGUAAUGAUGAGCGAAUUCUGUCCCGUCGUGAAAUUCAUGAUUGUCGCUCUGAAAGUCGCAGUAGGAAUGAUGAUUUACGAUUAUCUAAUGGAAUUGUAUCCAAUAUUAUUCGUGAGGAUCGCGUCCAGCGUGAGGAGGGAAGACAAGAACGUGAAUCCAUGCAAGAAGAUAUGAAUCUGUUAAAACGACGAGUAGACAAUAGGGAAGAUUAUGAAGAUAGAAAUGUUGAUCGGUCAAUGGAAAUUGAUUCUCGACGAAUUCGUCAAAUUGAAGACCGGCGAAUUGAAUCUCGUGAUACAGAACGCACUAACAGACGCAACGAGCGAAAUGUACUACGACGAGCAAUGGAUGUUGAAACUCGUCAAACACGCGAAAUGAAUAAUCGCCAAAAUACCAAUGAAGAACGCAUUCAACGAGCAGACUCCCGCUAUGAACGUUUAUCCGCUGAAAAUAGAAGAAAUGAGAUCAGAGGAGUGGAAAAUUGCAACAUUCGCUACAUUGAAGAUGCAAUUGUAGACAAGCCAUUGAGUUCUUUUAAUAAGUCAUACAUAAUGCUAGGCCAAGGUUUUAUAUUAUCCUUCAUUGUGGCUCAAACACUAAGCGGAAAGAUGGCAAUGAAAUACCAAAAUAUACCUCAAAGGUUACGUGAGGGCUUGGGCGUAUUGGGAUUUUAA